UUGGAGUAUAAAUAUUGGCAAAUUCUGAUUUAAUUAUAAAAUCAACUAUGAAUGCGAUAUUUUAUUGCUAUGUGUGUGACAUUGAGAUUUAUGAUGCAACAGGACUAUGAGAGUAUCAUACUUACACCAAAUUCAUGGGCAAAUAUAAAGAGGAGUUGUCAACAAACCUGAGAGCCUGGAAGAAGUCCAUCCAGACAGGUCUGGUCGGUAAGUGUCGUAUAAAUACUGGAGAAACUGAGCGGCUCCUUCUGAAGAGUGAAGAGGCUCUGGAUUGGAUGAUACUCGCAACUGGGUCUGAAAUCAUUGAAAAGAGGAGGGCUUAUUAUCAGCAAGAAUCCUUCUAUGUUAAUACUGAGUUCAAGUUAUUCUUAGCAAAGUUCAAAGCAUUGAGGUUGCCCAAAGUUGAACGUUUGUACAUUACAAAGAAUUUAAAUGAGUCGAGGAGGAUUUAUCGUAAUUAUUUCAAUCCAAUGAAACACCAGUUGCAAAGUUUAAACCUUGUUUCAAAUACUCCUACUUGUAAGCUUGGAUGACAUUUGCUAUUGAUUGCCCAGAACGCUUUUAAAGCCAAGAAUUUGACUUUAUACCGCUAUAAAAUCUCUAUUGCUCAGUUCAAAAGGAUUCUUGUUGCUUGCAACUCAAUCGAGCAUCUUGUGUUGAACAACUGUAGGAUUAAUUGAGACUUUGAUUCUGAAUUUGGCUCAUGCCUCUGUAAGCAGGUUCACAAAGUGCCUACAGCAGACAAGCUCAGUCUGGUCGAUUGUGAUAUCCAAGACAGUAAAGAGGCUCUCGAGCAUUUCAUAUUCAAAUUAAGCCCUGCAACUGAAGUGAAAUUUUAUUCGAGGAAUUAGUAAAGCAUGAAACAGUCAAUUCAAUUG